UUGCAGACAGCGGUAGCCGGUUCGAUCGAUCUACGUACCUAUGUUAGUUUAUUCACUUCGGCCGAUGGCAGGAUAUAUUUAUCGCUACCUGAUCUCGGUGUGGAAAAAACAUGGCUAUUAAAGGAUCUUUUGAGGGCUGGCGAACGUCUUUCUGAAUGUACAGUUGAGGAUGGAUCGCCGCCAUCUCUCGAAUUACUUGUGCCUAUUGCGCGAAAAUUAAGUGGUUCGUGCGAGGAUCAAUGCGGUGUGCAACAUCUUGCAAUACUGGCCUUCUGGUACCUCCUGCUUGGCGUCGUACAACGCAAAAGGGAUAUACUUGCUGUAAAACUUACUGUUCGUUUCAAGCUUCCUUCAUGUGUUGGCCUUGGCUCAUCAGGAGCAUAUUGUGUUUGCAUAGCAGCUGCUCUGCUACAGAUGGCUGGCUUAAUUCCAUCACCAUCUGUCCCGGUAAGCCUUCUGAUCUGCUCAACUUAUUAUUCAGCUCCAUAUUGUCAACAAAUUGAUAUAUCUUGA